CCAACGACUGUUUUCUUAAUGUCCAUGAAUUUGCAAGAAUCCUCCUAGGGCGAACUUCGCACACGAUACGAUUUCUCCCUAUCCCUUCUGUGCUCCCGCCGGUAUAAUCCCUCCGCCGACGCCAUCAUGUACAUAUAAACGCACUUGUUAAACUCAAUCCCUCAAACGUCAAUUUCCGAGUGAGACAAUGAAUUUUACUUCCUUUCUUUUCCAUCACCAAUUACACCCAAAACCCUAAUUUCUCCAUCUCAAAAUCAUAUUGCCUGCUGAAGGAUUAGGCUUUGUUUUUUCAACGAGAUAGAGACAGGGAAGAAGGAUAAAAUGUACAGGGAGAGAGGUGGAGGAGGAUCGAAGGCGAAAACGGAAACGGCCAUGGCUUCGAUUGGAGGCGAAGGGGGAUCACGAAUGGAUGGAAAAGAUCGUAACAAAGACCGUUUAUCAGCUGGGGACUCCAGGCUCUCUGUGUCAUCUUAUCCCGAUAAGAAACCGACUAAAGGAGAGGAAAAAGUGGUAGAGGAAUCCGAAACAGACAGUGAGGAGGAGGAAUCAGAUGUUAGUGGUUCAGAUGGGGAGGAAACAUCUUGGAUUUCAUGGUUUUGCAGUCUACGUGGCAAUGAAUUCUUCUGUGAGGUUGAUGAUGACUAUAUUCAAGAUGAUUUUAAUCUAUGUGGAUUAAGCAACCAAGUUCCAUUUUACGAUCAUGCCCUUGAUCUCAUCUUGGACUCUGAAUCCUCUCAUGGCGAUUCCUUUUCAGAGGAACAAAUUGAACAGAUUGAAUCAGCAGCAGAGACUCUAUAUGGUCUGAUACAUGUCAGAUUUAUCUUGACAACAAAAGGAUUAGCUGCUAUGCUUGAGAAAUACAAAAACACAGAAUUCGGAAGAUGUCCAAGAGUCUUCUGUUCUGGUCAACCCUGUCUUCCUGUUGGUCAAUCUGACAUCUCACGCCAGACAAGUGUCAAAAUUUACUGCCCUAAAUGUCAAGACAUUUUUACCCCUCAGUUCAGGUUUCAAGAUAACCUUGAUGGAGCUUUUUUUGGGACAACAUUUCCUCACUUGUUCUUUUUAACGUAUGGACACUUGAAGCCACAAAAGACAACGUUGCAGGAAUAUGUUCCAAGAGUAUUCGGUUACAAAGUCCACAAGCCAUGAAUCAAAUCACAUCAUAUUCAUACAAUAACACCAUAAUAAGAUUUUAUUUUAUUUUUUUUCUAUCAUAUGUAACGAAAAAAAUUAAAUUAAGUUCUGUUGUUAUUGAUUAUAUUAUUGUUGAUUUUGAUUCUGUGAUAUUUUAGUUAGGGUUGAU